AUGCACGAUUUUACAUUUGAUUUCGAUUCUGUUAGUCCCAAUGUUUGGAUAGCCAAGGAAGAAGUAUGGAAAGAGAAUCUGUUGAAACUUUCCAACUGGUGCCAGAUUCCUUUAUUAAAUUCAAAUGCAUCUCACAAUUUAUCAGAUGGAAAAUUAGUACGUUUUCGGGGUAUGGUCCAAGACAUGCAUAACCCUGAAUUUUAUUUUGAAAAAUUUGAAGUUUACAACACUGCAACUAAUGAGGUCACAAUAAAAUCUGGAAAAUAUUGUGACACUGCACAUAUUUUGGAGAAUGAAAAAGUCAACUACACAGAAAAUUUAAAAAGUGCACAAAGACAAGCCAUGGUUGUAGUCUCUUUGCCCGGGUUAAGUGAAUGGGCACAGCAAUUAGAGGAUGAGCAGAAUCAUUUAAAGCAUUUAGAUCAGCAACCAAACACAUCUAAGAGGCUCAAUUCUAAUGCUACUUUGAAACUCAAGCGUUCACAUGAUGAGGCUGAAGAGAACCCAGAAGCCAUGGAUGUGGUUGAUAAUAGUGUUCUUCAUAAAGAGCCAAAAACAACUGAAGUCAUAGACAGUGAGACCAGUGCAGUUUCCAGGGAGCAUUUAUUGAAUUUUCCAUUACCGGAUGUUAACAGUAAAUCAUGUAUUGUUAAAAUAUAUGGAGAGGCUGAUAAUCUUAAAUUAAAUGACAUGAUUGAAGUAGUUGGUUUCCUUUCUGUUGAUCCGGCCCUAUCUGGCGAAUUCCAGCCAGAUAAGAACUGCUUCUUAGAGCCUGAUUGCGAGAAUAAUGCCGAAACUAUCACACAUAAUCCGCCUCCAAGUUUGGUGCCCAGGAUCCAUGCAGUGUUUGUGAAGAAAUUAGAUCACUGUAAUCCUUUGCUUGGCGAUGUUUUUGAUCAGACACCUGUAUUACAAGAAGCAAAUUCAGCAAGAGAGCACCUAUUAAAGGCUUUGACAGAAUUACUUCUUGGUGAUCAAUUGGCAGCAGAAUAUUUGAUUUGUCAUCUAAUUGCAUGUGUCUAUCUUCGUCAAGAUACCCUAGCUCUGGGUCAGUUCUGCUUGAAUCUCUCAAACUUGCCUACAAAAAAAUAUCCAAACUAUGCAAAACAACUAUAUGAUAUUAUCAAGCAAUUUGUCACCAAGAGUUAUUAUUUACCCCUUACUAUUGACAACUUGAAUACUAUGGCACUUUUACCAAAAAAAGACUAUGAGUGCAACAGGCUAACAAGUGGCAUUUUACAGUUGAGCAAACACACACAUCUUGUAUUGGAUGAAACAAAAAUGGAACAAGGACGCUUAGAUUCAACAGGUGUUGGCAAUAUCACUGCGUUGGGCAACAUGAUCACCACCCAGAAAGUCGAAUAUGACUUUAAAUAUUAUAAGAUGGAGUUUGACUCUGAUAUUAAAGUGUUGAUUCUAUCCGAAGGAAAAUCUUUAUUGCCGAGUGACUACCAUGUUCCUUUAAGACCUGAAGAAUCAUCUCUAGAAAUUUUUGAUGCAAUUGUCGAAGCCGCCACCUAUUACCUCAAGGAAGAUAUAAUGAAUACUGUCAGAAAAUAUUUGACUAAUUUAAAACUUGUCAAGUACACUAUAAGUGAAGAUUUACAGUUUGUUGAAGACGAUUUUAUAGAAAUGCGAAGUCAAUCCGACACGGAGAACCCAGUGACAGCUGAUGACUUGCAUCGGCUUUUGGUGUUAGCAAGGCUAGUCAGCCUCUCCCGGGGACAUGACACAUUAAAUAAAGAAUGUUGGAAUAUUACAAGAAAGAUGGAAAACGACAGACAAGACCGAAUAAAAAACAGAGUCGUAUCCGCCUUU